CGGACGCCCUGGCCUCGACGUACCCUGUUCCAACUCGUCCACUGCCCAACACGGAUAAUUUGCUUUUUUACAACCCAAUCUCCUGAUCGCCUUACCUGGUACUUCCUUUGUUCACACCAUGGCCGACCAAGCGCCAUCACAGAUCCCUGUCCCACCUUCGUCUCAACCACCACCUUUGUCACAGACUGGCUCCCAAGAACCUUCAGCAUCAAUCGCGUCGGCAUCUGGUGAACCAGCAACUUCAUCCGGAGCGACAGCUAUUCUGAAACCUGACCCCGAUGCACCAGACGGUGCCGCCUUGGACGCUUCCAUCGAACAAGAUAUUGAUCUAAACGCAAGCAACGACAGCAAAAUGACAAACGCAAAUGAUGCGGAAGACCCUGCUGUAGGCAAUCCAAUUCAGACCGCAACAUCAGUCGACGCUUUUGUGGCAGCAGCAGCGCCGUCGAAGAAGGAGACGAGUUUGCGCGAGUUCCUGGGUAAAAUGGAUGAGUAUGCGCCUAUUAUCCCUGACGCUGUAACUGCACAUUAUCUUACCCUUGCCGGUCUACCACCCCCAGGGAAUGGCCCCAACCAAACACCUCCACACUUAGCCCGACUUCUCGCUUUAGCGACCCAGAAAUUUAUCGCGGACAUCGCCGCGGAUUCCUACCAGUACGCGCGUAUUCGGGCUUCUAAUAGCUCCUCCGCCAGCAACCCAAUGGGUAGUCUUAACGCUGCGUCGGGUCUCGGUAUGCCCACUGGUGCGUCUGGCGCAGGUGCAGCUGGGGCUGCUGCUGGCGCGUCGGGCGGAGAUGCAGGCAAGGGCAAAGCCAAUACACAUCUUGGCAUCCAAAGGCCCGGCUUUGGCGGUGGUGGCUCAGGAGGCUCGGGGCAAGGACGGACGGUGCUCACCAUGGAAGAUCUGGGAAUGGCGGUUGGCGAGUACGGCGUGAGUGUGAAGAGGGGCGAGUUCUACCGGUAAAGUUUGGGUGAUGGGUUACCACGAUGAGUGGCUCCGUGGGCCUUUGGUUGGACAUUCUGGGGUGCGAAACGGCAGCAGAUGCUUGCUUCUGACGGCGCGCGCAUGAGAAUGUACUCCAUGUUACGACGACUAAUUUGGGGACGGCGAUACCCAUCUUGGAGAUUACGUGCUAGAUCGCUGUCGACUGAAGAUUGAACGUCGACUUUAAUUGGAAGGGGCUUGCUUACUGGCGUAAAUACCGGGCUGGGGACAAACGAUAUCCUGCAUUUGGGCUUCUAAAAUUUUACAACACGAGAUUUUGCAUAGGCGUUUGGGAUGGUGAAGAAUCAAUGGAGAGAUUCCAUUUUGCACUGCUUCAUGUCGAGGUCGACAGUGGUUGUCUUUUUCCUUCUUGAUGCGUUAAAGAACCGAAGAAUAGAUCAUAAGAUUGACUCAAUGAUACUUAUUAUCCUGACUC